AUGGCCGAAUAUUUCAUGAUAAACUCAUUGGACUUGCAAGCCAGGUUCCAUUAUGCACCACAUGAUUCCUCACGCCACAUAGCAGAGAAGGUUAUGCGGUCUCUGAAUGAGUGUUUGGGUGGAAGAUCUAUCCCAAUCAAGUACAAGAAAUCGGUGUACGAAGACUUGGACUCUUCCAAUCUACCAGAACUGACGAGUGAGAUCCUUGACCAACUCCAGAAAGAGAGGGAGAUUGACGCAUCAAAGGACUGCGCAGAAGCAGUGAAAAGGAGAUGCGAUGGAAAGCCAUGUAUGGGCACGACAAUAAAAUCAAGAGUACCGUGGUACGAUGUGCACAGGAAGUUCUUCUUUGACGAAGAUUUCAUGGCUAAGUGAGUGUGCCCAGGCCUCCUCGGCAGCCGUUCUAGAAAAGUGCGCUGGGAAAGAGUACUACAAAUUCGUCCUUGGUUUUUUUGAGGAGCACUACAUUCUAUACGACAAUGGUUUCGAAGGAAUCCGUGAUGGGUGCAUUAAGGUACAAGGUAGAUCCUGUAACUUCCACAGCAAUAUCGAAAACCAUUUGGUGAUUAACCAAGGGUGGCGUGGUAGCCAUGUUCGACGCGUUCAGCCGCCAGCACCAGAUUACGAACGGCAAGAUGGAUUUCACUAUUCAGUACCUACCCAAAUCACAGGUAACAUGUCUGUCAACUGUAAGCGCGAGGUUGACGACUAUAACCCGCGAAAGAACCUGGAAAAGCUGCUUGCCUCUUGUGGUACCCCAAGCCUGAAGGUGGAAGAGAGUGUCAGUGACGAUGGUUUAGUGGUGGCUAAAGUCACGGACACAAACAACACAUUAGGAAAAGCAUUAGAACAGGUUGACGAAUUUGUCACUAAAUAUACUGGACCGGACUUAGAAAGUGUGGUGGUGCAAGAAAUUCGCAGAAAAACUGGAAUGAGGGUGAAAUCUGAGGUUUCGAGAAUGCUAAAUGCUGAUGUAAAGGCAGCUGAAAAAGCAAAAUUGUUUCUGGAUUUUGAUUGGGAUAAACUUAUUAGAGAAAACACGUUGCAAAAACUGUAUGUAUCUCAACUGGAUCUUUACCUUAAACAUGCAGGCUACACAGAUAGUGACCUACAUGUGAAAGGUUUCACCAAAGAUAAGAAGAUUGAGGUGAUCAAAAGGCAUUACUAUAAUCAGGAACAUCCAAAGGCGAAACGAGCACCAGCCGUGAAAUCAUCUCAACGUUUUUCAGGCACGAAUAGUAAACCAGCACAAACUGAAAACACCACGUCAGUCAGACAAACGCAAAGUGCUACUUGUCACGUAUCCCUUCCACCUAUUUCCCCUGCAAACGCAAAUCCCACAGCGAAUGUCCUUAUAAAUGUACCUCCUUGGGGUGGAUCCGUAAAUAUACCAUUGUAUGGUAUAAGAACAUUGAUUAACACGUGCCCCAUUGACAACUUUUUAGUGAUUUUAUAUAGUCAACACAAGACGAACCCUGCUUUUGGACUUGAGCUAACCCAAUCCACGGAGGCGUAUGCGAGCGUGCUUAUGAAGGUUUUUGAUUCAUUUGACAACGGUAAUUUCGGCGAAGGAAAGUUCUGGUGGUUACAGCAAUUCGGGGGACGUUUUGAUUUCCGUAACAAUGCACGAAUAGACGUUUGGGGAAACGAAGAGGACUUAUUUGUUUCACGACUGAGUCGCUCAUUUCAGUCGUGUUUUCGGAGUCAUUGCUCUUCCCCACAUUGUCCAUCACCCCAUCUUGAUGUUAACUCCACAGGGAUCUGCUUGAGGUAAUAAAGAACAUACAAGUAUAUUCUGAAUAUUUCAUGUAUUUUUCCAUGAAGGUAAUACCUUCAAAACUAUAAAGUGUAUAUGAAAAACUUUUUUGUUAGAAUAAAGUCAAAUUCUCUUAUAGCGUUGCCGCAGCCCUCCCAGCACACACAGUUAUACAGACAGCCCUGAAAGAAUGGCUAGAAACGGAAAAAAUCAAAACGACAUGCGGCCGAUUGUUACCCAGUCUUACACCGCCGAAUGCUGAUGUGUACUGGAGCUUAACCACACAAUUCAAUCAUUCAACAGGACAUGUAAU